UACCCGGAUAUGAUUGAUAUGAUUUGCAAAAACGAUGGCGAAUUAAUCUUCACGCUGGCCGAGCCAAAAAUCAAGGAAUGCAUUUCCGAACUGAGGGACAACGUGACAGAGUGUACUUUACCGUUUGCUGUGAAGAGUGAGGACUGCGACAUUUCACACCUGACGCCAACUCAAGUCGAGGCUUUUUCCGAUCUGAGACAAUGCAUCGAGGAUAAGCUGAACGUUUGCGCGGCCCCGGACCUAAUCAGCGUGUACGGUGUGUUCCACAACGCGUUGUUCCGCUUUAAUUCCUGCAAUGAUGUACAUACAUUCAUCGCCAAUGCUUUUGUUCCUUUCGUGCAGUACAUGUCGAAAGUGACGAAGAAAGACACCAACACAGUGUAGUAGAAUUAGGGCCAGCGUGUAACGUUUCGGUUGCUCAUCAUAUUGAAGGAACUGUUUGAAAUUUAAAUGGACUUAUACAUCGAAUAAAUCGGGUCUGAAAAGUAUCUUUUAAUGAUCGAUCGCUUGCUGCUCAGUGUGCCCUUCUUUUGGAACUUGUAAAUCGG